AACUCAUCUCUCUUGCCGCCCAUUUUUCUCUCUUCUUCCCACUCAAACCCCUCUCUCUCUCUCUCUCUCUCUCUCUCUCGCUUUUGCUCUCGCCCCGACCCUUCCUUGUCGUCGCCCCUCUCCAUCCCUCUCGCUCGGCGUGGACUCGUCACGUCGUCUUCCUUCCCCAUUUCGAUCGGGAAUCAGAGCUCGAUCUUAAGUUCCUCUUCGAUCGGUGGUGGAGGAGAGUGUUACUUGUCAAAGGGGGAGAGAGAGAGAUGCUGUCAUAGGAGCUGGAUAUUAUGGCAAAAGCUGCUGUUCUUGAAUCUUCUGCAACUCAACAGUUUUUCUUUCGGGAAACUUAAAUCAGAUGUGAAAAUGAAGAGGAAGACCCCGUCGGAGCUAAGAGGAGAGCAGUUGAAGCGAAGGACCCAUGAAUUGCUUGUUAAUGAGGAAUUGCCACCUCUACAGGACUAUGAUAGGGCUGAUAAUAGGACUGCUGAUGGUCCCAAGAAAGCUGAGCACCUGAAGAUUCCAAAGUACAUUAAUACUCGUAUGGUCGAUGUAUAUCCUAUCAAAAAGUCAAGUGAGAGGUGCAGAGUACUAUUUGGAAAAGAAAACGUGAAGGUCCAAAAUCAGGAUCAUUCAACUGCUUGUGCAAAACCUGGCGACCUUAGUAAUGCUACUAUUGCUUGUAGCUUUUCAACGAAGGCUACAUCAUUUCCAUGCGGUGAUGGAGUCACUGCUGACAGUUUGGAACCUUCUGACCCAUCUGUUAGAAAUAUCGCUGGUGAUGGUUUUCAGAAGAUUGAUAAAUGUAGCCAGAAUCCUUUGCGCAGUGUUGUUGAGCUCCAUGUUGGAAACGAGAAGUUGGUUGAUUCUGCCAAACUUGAUAUGGAAAAAGCACUUAAAGGAUUGGUAGCUCGUGAUGUUCCUUCCACUUCUUCACUGGCUGAUUCUUCUCGAAGACUUGUUGAUGUUCCUUCUAUCUCUUCAGAUGUCUAUCCCUCCGAAAUUCACAUACCAGGGGAUAAAGUUCCUUUGGAUUUUACCUUAAAAACUUCCUUAAGAUUAGUCUCAUCGUCUUCAGUGAAGUGGUUCCACAAGGUAAGGGCAAGCUUUUCUACAGCAGGGAUUAACAGGUUGACUUCUCAGUGUUGUAGCAAGAGCCAAAGUUUUGGCUGCACGUCUGGUACCAAUGUGCCGAGCGAGCAAUUUUCAAAGGCUUUAUAUUCAUGGGUUUACCCUCAAUCUUCUUUGCCUCCUUCCAUCAUAUCAGCUAUGGCUUCAUCAAGUAUAAAGGGAGAAACAGACUUUUUGCAGAAAAGGCAGCAUGACUGGGAAGAUUCAUUUUGCAAUCUUUACUAUAUGCUAAGAAAGAACAAGUCUACUAUGUUUUAUGUUUAUACAUCACAAUUUGUGGUUCUUUUCAUUGGUGGGGUCUUUUUGGGUAAGAAACAAUCAUGUAAUGCUUACUUGUCACAAUCAACUCGUGGUUUGCGGUCCUUGCUCAAAAAACAUGAUAUUUGUUUCUCAAUGCCUCUUUGUCGUGCUGAAGUUGAGCAAGCUAGCGAAGAUGACUUGGUUGAAUUAUCUGAAAUUGAGAAGCGUAACCUAGGCCAGGCGUUCCUAUCAGACUCUUUCUCUGAUAUAGACAAUACGCCUCAAUCUCUCCUGUCAUUUAUUGGAAAUGAGAGUGUCCAUGGUUUAUACGACUUUUUAUUAAACUAUAGGUUCUUUCUUAGCUCCUUUAGUGGUGUGGAUGUUCCUGUACUCUACUCCCCUGUACCAUUCCAAAAUGCUUGUUUUUUUAUUCCAGAGGUGAGAUGCAAGGAGAUGAGGAAAGCCAACAUGGUUGUUCCCUCUUCAAGGGGGUCUGAAUCAGAAGAACAAACCGAAGCUAUUCUUGGUUCUUCUGGCAAUGGUAUUUGCUAUAGUAUCGAGAUAAAGGAUACUAUUCUUCCCCCAUGGAUUGUUAGCGGAGUCUGUGCUACAAUGAGCUCGGAUGGAAGGAGUUUUGACUCUGUCUUUUCGACAGAGCCUUCAUCAGUUGGCUUAAAUGUUGCCAUGGACUCUUUCUGCAAGAAAUCUGAAUCAGAUAAGCAUCUUUCAGAGAGCUGUGAUGCCUUCGGCAUUUCUGAAACAACACUGGUGCCGUCAUUGCGCUCUGUAUCAGUACGACGCCUCAAGUAUGCCGAUGGUGCUUACGUAGCUUUCACAACUGUGUAAGUUCUUGUGACCUUUACAGGUGUAGCUCAGAAGGAAAAAAGUGGAUAUAGCGGAGCUUUGUGGCGGCAUAUGGGUUUCCACAUCAACUGUACGCUCUUUGGAUCGAUUUAUCUUGUUGGUAAUUCAAAACUUAAAUGAAAGACAUCCAUAUUACGACUGAGAUGUCCUGUUAUGACUGUCAUUAUAAGAAAUUUUGGUCAUCGUUUUUUUGGCG